AUGUGUAUUUCUAAUUUCCAACAGCUAUUUUUGUCUAUAAACGAAGCCGAGUCACUCAGUCGUGAUCCUUGCUUAAGCUUCAUCUGCUGCAACGGCGGCUACUGUACCUCGCCGCUCGACAUACCCUACUGUGUGUGUCCGCCCUGCUACACUGGCGCCCAUUGUGAGACCAAAAUCACCAACACUCGUGACCCGUGUCUGUACGUGACCUGCUACAAUGGGGGGUACUGCACCGCCCCUGCGGACGCCCCCUACUGCGUGUGCCCCCCUGGGUACACGGGCGCGAACUGUGAGACAGAAGUUAUCUCCCGUGACCCAUGCCUACACUUCAUCUGCUACAAUGGCGGCUACUGCACCGCCCCUGCGGACGCCCCCUACUGCGUGUGCCCCCCUGGGUACACGGGCGCGAACUGUGAGACAGAAGUUAUUACCCGGGACCCCUGCCUACACUUCAUCUGCUGCAAUGGCGGCUACUGCACCGCUCCUGCGGACGCCCCCUACUGUGUGUGCCCCCAUGGGUACUCGGGCAUAAAUUGUCAAACGAAAACAAACACUUCAAGCGUAGGUCUUUGUCCAGAUAUUAUUCCGGGAUCUGCUGGUGUCUGCGGUGGACAGUUCUGCUCUGUUGACAGUGAAUGUCCAUCUGGUCAGAUCUGCUGUGCUAGCGCCUGUGGUGGUAAGCUGUGUACAUUUGGUACACCAGGCAAUGGCGCCGUGUGUCCGGGAGGUUGUCCUGAAGGCUACACCUGUGAGUUUAGACCAGUUUCCUGUAAACCUGGAGUUAUCUGUCUCAAUAGUCCAGUCCCUACCUGUGUCCCUUAUAAAUACGUGCAUAUUUAA